AUGGGGAAGGGUCUGCUGUGGUUUGGUUUGGCUGUUUUGCUGCAGCUGCAGCUUGGUACUGCCUACAAACUAGUGUGCUAUUUCACUAAUUGGGCCCAGUAUCGGCCAGAACCAGCCAAAUACUUCCCGAACAACAUUGAUCCAAAUCUCUGUACUCAUUUGACCUAUGCCUUUGCCACUAUGAAUCAACAUAAGAUUGCCCCUUAUGAAUGGAAUGAUGAAGACAGGCUCUUCCCAGAGUUUCAGGCACUUAAGAAAAGCAACCCGAAUCUUGUCACCGUGCUAGCUAUUGGAGGCUGGAAUUUUGGCACACAGAAGUUCACUGAAAUGGUUGCCACAGCUGCCAAUCGUAAAAUCUUCAUUGAUUCAGUGAGUGAAUAUCUCUGUAAGUUUGAUUUUGAUGGGAUUGACCUGGACUUUGAAUACCCAGGAUCCAGGGGCAGCCCUCCUGAAGACAAACAACGCUUCACCAUCCUGAUUCAGGAAAUGCUGGCUGCUUUUGAGAACAAUAAAUGUGACGGUAAAAGGCUUUUGAUCACAGCAGCAGUUUCUGCUGGCAAAGGGACCAUUGAUGCAGGAUAUGAAAUUGCUGAGAUAGGACAACUUUUAGAUAUCAUCAGUGUAAUGUGUUAUGACUUCCAUGGAGGCUGGGACACCUGUACAGGACAUAACAGCCCACUGUAUUUGGGAUCCAAAGACCAAGGCGAUUUGAAGUAUUUCAACUGUGAUUACGCCAUGCAAUACUGGAAAGACAAUGGUGCCCCAGUUGAGAAGCUCAUGAUGGGAUUCCCCACCUAUGGACGCACCUUCAGGCUUACUACGUCAGAUACAGGUGUCUGUGCACCUGUUUCUGGGGCUGGCUCAGCUGGAACUUACACCCGUGAGGCAGGCUUCUGGGCCUAUUAUGAGAUUUGCACAUUUUUAAAGACUGCCACAAUAAAAUGGAUUGAUGACCAGAAAGUUCCAUAUGCCUACAAGGAUAACGAAUGGGUUGGAUAUGACAACACUUGCAGCUAUCAAUACAAAGUCAAAUACCUGAAGGACAAUCAUUUUGGAGGUGCCAUGGUUUGGGCGAUUGAUCUGGAUGAUUUUCUGGGCACUUUCUGUAAUGAGGGAAAAUAUCCUUUAAUAAGUGAGCUGAAGAGACUUCUUGAAACAAAUGAGCCCAUUGUGCCAGACUGCCAUGAUGGUGAAACUACUACCCCAACUACUACUACAACUAAUGGAGAUACAGACACUACUACUACUACAACUGUUGGCCCCCCAGUGCCUGGUAACUUUUGUGCCAACCAACCAGAUGGUAUCCACGCUGACCCAGAAGACAAUACCAAAUUCUACAUGUGUGAUAACAAGGUGACUUACAGCUUCAGCUGUACAUCUGGGUUGGUUUUUGAUGACAGCUGCAAGUGCUGCAACUUCCCUUAG